GCCCACGUAACCUCGCCGUCUAGUUCCCUACCAUACCUACCACCUACCGACAAACCUACCUACUACCCACCAGCCUAAGGCAGACUCUGCAUUUUGCGGCAAAGAGAAAGAGAAAGAGCAAGAGCAGUACUGGGACGACGGCCAUGGAACACAGUGGAUAAUGACAGUCGUGAAUGCUCCAGUCGCUUGCAGGCAACAUGGAUCUUGUGGUGGAGGACGAGGCAGAUCGUGUGGGGGAGGACGAAGCAGAUCGUGUGGUCGAGGACGAGGCACAAGUGGCUUCUAUCAGGCGUUUCUUCGAGCGCCUCCGCGAAGACGUGCCGGGCUACGAGUUCAGCGACGAGGUCCCACCAUUCCAUUCCUCCUACGACAAUUGGCACUUCUUCGGCCGCAAGAAGAAUGCGAAAGCUACAGCAGCAGGAGCAGCAAGCCGGAAGUCCAGCCUGUCUGCUGUAACCGACUCGCGGCCGCCAUCUGUCCGCACGAGAUCCGAUUACGAUGCUGCCACGCCCGACGAGGAGCAGGAGCAGCCUAUUUGGGUGGUGGGACGUUUGUCGAAGCAGAUCCUGCGGCUGGAGCGCGAGUUCAAGCUAUGUCAGCAGCUGUUCCAAACUGCUGAGGACCACAAGCACUUUGUCAGGCCCAUCAGCCUCUUGAGACUCCCUGCGCGCCAGCCGGGAGAUGUGCCGCUCUGCAUUUCCAUCGUGGAAGCACCAGGCAAAGACUAUUUGCAAGACCUCGUCAAUCUCGGCUCGGAUUUCUACGGUGGGGUCCCCGGUUCGCAGCAGAUACAGCAUCGAGAGCAGGUCCCACUGUUGACCUUCCUGGACUUCGCCAUUGGCGCCAGCGAAUGUCUCGAGAUUCUACAUCAUGGCUCGGAUAUUGUGCAUGGCGAGAUUCGAGGCGAUGCCUUUCACUACAACAAAGAUACUGGCACCGUGCGCAUGAUCAAUUUCGGAUCUGGUGUGAGAAGCUUCGAACAUGGCCUGACUUCGGCCAACUGGACCACGUUGAUGUCGCAACGAGGAGUCGAGCACCGACUACAAUUCAUAGCUCCAGAGCAGACGGGCCGUCUGCCCGCUGAGCCUGAUGCGCGAACCGAUAUCUACUCACUGGGAAUACUGUUCUGGACAAUGCUGACUGGGCAGCCACCAUUCGAGGGCAAGUCGCCUCUUGAUGUAAUGCAGAACGUACUAGGGCGUCGAAUACCGCUAGCCUCGUCGAUUCGCACGGACGUGCCCGAUGUCUUGUCUAGGCUGAUACAGAAGAUGACAGCUCGGAACAUGGACGAUCGCUACAACUCCACAACAGGGGUCAAGCACGACCUGCAGAAGCUGAAGAAGAUUCUCACAGAUGGCGACCAAGAAGCUCUUGCUUCUUUCAAACUGGCGGAAAAGGAUGUAUCGUGCUUUUUUGUUCUGCCGUCAAAUCUCGUGGGACGCGAAGAGCAACGUGCCAAGAUUAUCGAAGUGAUCGAGAGAGCAGCCGCCAAAGCAGCCCGCUCCACGCUCUCCCGAAAGGCACUGUACUCUCUGAGCUCGACAGGCUCGUCUGUGAUAUCUAGCGAUCCGCAGAUCGCGAAUCUUCUAGAUGACAUUAGUGACAGCACAUCCUCUACCGAUCGCGAGCGAACUGACAACCACCUGACGUCGAUCCCAGAAGCAAUACCAUCCGAGCAACGGAUGUACAGGACGUCGCUGGACUACCCCGAUCGAACAGCUCGCACUGGAAGUACAGUGUCUCCGGCAGCCUCAAUCAAUGAAGAUGGCGGACUGACAAGCCAAGGAUACAAAGAUACCUCAUAUGAUAGCCAUGGAUCCGGCACUAGUGGUAACAGAGAGGGCUCAGAGAGUCUAUUCAGGACCAUGUCAAGCUACCAGCUGGGCAGCAUGACCUCCGAGCCAAGCUCACUCCUGCGAACUGCACAAAAGAUCAAAAGGAAAGGCAGAACAGAGAUCAUCAGCAUUUGUGGUCAAGCAGGUUUUGGAAAGUCUGCCCUGGUUCAGAGCGUUCAGGUCCGCGCAAGGAAGUAUGGCUACUUCGCCACAGCAAAAUUCGAUCCGGUACGAAAGGCCCCAUUCGACCCUGUAGUGAGGGUCAUGUCUUCACUAUUCAGACAAAUAUUUUCCGAGAAUGAUGUCAGCACACCAUUCCAUGAGAACGUGAGGACAUUUGUAAAACCAUAUUGGGGUAUCCUCCAUACCUAUCUAGACUUACCUGUGUGGUUGUUAGCCCCCACGAUUAAUGGCAAGAUGGCAGCCAGCCAAGGGCCAUCAGAGAUGCGCUCAGCCCAUGGACAGCUCGAAAGGCCACCGGAGCGCAAGACGUGUAAUGCAGCUAGUACACAGGAAUGGCUUCGCUCAGGGGGCUCCAGCAAAUCCUCGCGGUUUAUGUCGAUCUUCCUGGAUGUACUUCGGCUGCUUGCCGUGCAGAAGUUCGCUUGUUUCUGCCUGGAUGACAUACAGUUUGCAGAUCCCGAGAGCCUGGAACUGCUGCAAAUCAUCGUCAAGAGCCACAUUCCCCUCGUGCUUAUGCUCACAUACCGAGAAGAAAAACCGAUAACUCCUGCGGUUGCGAAACUUCUUGAAAAGGCCACCAGAGUUGACGUUGGGCCUUUCUCGGACAACCAAUUGACUGAGUACGUCUCGCAGACACUUCACAGACCGGCUGAAUAUGUCACUCCACUGGUGGCAAUCAUCCACGAGAAGACACAGGGCUCGCCGUUCUUCGUUCGUGAGAUGUUGGACUCUGCAUAUCGCAAGAAGUGCAUAUACUAUUGCUGGAAAUGUGGGCAUUGGGAGUUUAGUCUUGACAGACUGUUUGCGGAGUUCUCAACGCCUGAUGCAGGUAAAUUCUCGACCGACGACUUUAUUCUGCGACGCAUGAAAGAACUUGCAAUUGAUGCUCAAACUGUGCUUGCAUGGGCUGCUAUCAUAGGCAAUAGCUUCAGCUUCAAGGUCGUUCGCCGCCUUAUGAGCUGUGCUUGCUCCGAACUGUCUCCUCAGCCGCUGAUACCUCCUCAAUCCAAAGACGCCGUGGCCGGUCUACAGACUGCACUGGCAUCGUUUGUUGUCAUGCCGACUGACGAUGAAGACCGUUUCAAGUUCAGUCAUGACCGAUAUAUUGCUGCAGCAGAUUCUUUGUGCAAGGACUACGUCCGAGAGGAGAUGCACUACGUUGUGGCCUCAUCAAUGAUGAAACAUAGCCCCUACGACCCAGUCAGUCAGCCGAGUGUGGUCCUAUUCGAGCAAGCACGACACAUCUGCAAAGGUGUUGAUGCCAUCAAACUUCGUGUGCCCGUAAAGACUGCAUAUCGUGAGCUACUAUACCAGGCAGCUGAAACUGCGAGGGAGUCUGGGGCGAGAACUUCUAGUCUCUACUACUUCAAGGUUUGCCUCGACAUCCUCCCGGAGAACCCAUGGGCUGACAAGACUGGCGACGCAAGCUAUUCCGAAACACUUAGCCUCCAUAUACGAGCAGCAGAAGCGUUGGGGUAUGCUGGCGAUCACGAGACAGCAUCGAAGCUGUUGACGGCUGUGUUCGAGCAUGCCCUCAACGCAACAGACAAGGCGCCUGCAGCUAUCAUUCUUGGUCGCAUGCACGUUCAGAAAGGUGACAGCAAGAUGGCGUUCGAUGUACUCAAGCGAGCUCUCGCUGAUCUGGGCUUGAGCAUCGAAGAAAAGUCCUUGGAAGAGUGUGACGAGGAGUUCCAGAGUCUUCUACCACGUCUGAAAGAAAACCCACCAGACUUCACAGGCGUAGACCCGAAAGAUAUUGACAGGAGUUUGUCCACGCUCGCCGCAUUGCUAACCGAGAUCCAACUUGCAGCAUUCUGGACCGACCACGUCCUCUACUAUAACGUGACACUGGCCAUCUUGAAGGUGUAUCUGGAACGUGGUAUGUUUAGUGCAGUGGCUCUCGGCUAUGUGAACAUGGCUGCCAUCAUCAUCUGGCGCUUCAGUAUGAUUGACAUCGCCAUGGAGUUGGGCAGCCAUGCCUGCCAAGUGUUAGAGUUCUUCGAUCAAGAGCAGUACACCAUUGGACGCGUAUUGACGCUCUACGCAGCCUUCCUCGGCCAUAUGCAAUUCGAUUUUGCCGGGAACUUCAAAUUUCUCAACAGGGCGUUGGAUGCUGCCUCCAGCGCGGGAGAUAAGAUCGCGCACCUCCUCAAUAUUGGCACUUCAGCUGCCUACCGCCUGUGGGCAUCGGAGAAUCUCGCAGAGACAGAGGCUUACAUCAUCUCGGUGGGCGACGAAUUCCCAGACUGGCAAGAAAACUUGCGUGGAGGUGUCUUCUUAGUGAGCACUCGACAAAUGGUCCGUGCUCUGGCUGGCAAGACCAACUACAAAUCGGCAUCGGAAGUUCUGAGCGAUUGCAGUCACUCAAGCAAUGAUUACAUCAAAUUCAUCAAGGCGAAGGCUUCGAAUCCUGAAAGACCACUCUCGAUAUACAUGGCCCACCAGCUCCAGGCGUUGUACCGCUUUGGUUACUAUCAUGAGGCAGUGGUGCUCGGAGAACGACUGCUGCCGAUGACGGAUGGCUUGAUGUGCAUGCGAUACCGUUACUCCGUCAUGUUCUAUCAUGCACUCGCCAUGAUUGCGUGCAUUCGCGAAAAUCCUGUCCGGCCGGACCGGGAAGAACUGAUGGCGAAAGUGAUGCACUAUCGAGCACUGAUCGAGAUUAUGGCGGCGAUCAACAAUGCCAAUUAUGUGACACAUCUUUCGUUAUUGAAUGCUGAGAUUGCAGACAUUCAGCAGGACUACGAUCACGUCCUCACACACUACGAGAAAGCUGUCGACCACGCGUUGGUGUCGAAUGUGACUCUGGACGAAGCCUUGGCACUGGAGCAGUACGCGGACUGGCUGGUGAGAAGAGGCUCUGCUCGGCCUGGGCGUGGCAUCAUUCUCGAUGCGAUAUCUGCCUACCGCCGAGUCGGAGCAUUUGGCAAAGCGGACCACGUCAAGGACAAGUACGAGUAUCUGCUCUAUGGGACCCGCAGUCUUUCCAAUGUCGACACCGGCACCCAGACGGUCAACGAUGCUUCGACAAGUGCGCCAUACGCCUACAAACUGGAGAGAAUAGCCAGUCACCAGGCGAGCCAGACUCCAGCAGAUAGGACUGAGGAGUGGCUCGAGCCCACAUCGGGUCAGUCUCGUCUCACGUCCAGCAUUCGUGACAGCAUGAACAGAGAGCCACCAGCUGCGCUGUCGUCGGCCGUGGGGUUGGACAUGAUCGACCUCGCGGGAAUUCUAGAGUCAAGUCAGCUACUCUCAUCGGAGCUGAAUGUUGACAGACUGUUAUCCAAGCUUACAGACAUCAUCGUAGACUCAGCAGGUGCAGAACUUGUUGGUCUGGUGGUGGAGAACGACCAAGGAGAGUGGUGUGUAGCAUCUGUUGGUACACCUGAUGAUAUCGAAGCUCCUGCGAUGGGCAUUCCACUUGCCGAGAUCCAAGAUCCAGUAGCGAAACAAGUCACGAUGUAUGUCUUGCGAUUCAAGGAGGAGGUUUUCCUUCGACAGGUCUUGGACGACGAGCGCUUCUCAAAUGUGCCCGACUCGUGGCUGGAACAGAAUCCAGAUGGAGCCAGCAUGGUCUCGAUCCCGAUCUUACAUGGUGAGAAUGUACUGCUGGGAAGUCUCUACUGUCAAGCGCCACCAAACACCUUCACCGAGCGGACAGUGACAUUGCUGAAGCUGCUCGUCAACCAGAUUGCCAUCUCCAUUGCCAAUGCAUUGCUGUUCAAGCGAGCGGAGAGAGUACAGGCCAGCAAUGCCAGCAUGCUCAUCGUACAAAAGCAAGCUCUUGCCCAGGCCCAGGAACAAGAGAAGAAAGCGAAGGCGGCCGAGGCGGAGGCGAAGGAAAUGGUAAGACUGAAAGACGAAGCAGCAAAAGCGAAAUCCAUGUUCCUGGCCAACGUAUCACAUGAGCUCAGAACACCAUUGAAUGGUGUGAUUGGCAUGUCCGAGAUGCUCAAAGCCACGCCCCUCAACCGGGAGCAGGAGGAGCAUGCUGACAGUAUUCGAGUGUGUGCGGACACGUUGCUUAGUGUGAUCAACGACAUCCUGGACUUCUCGAAGCUCGAAGCAGGCAAGAUGCAGGUUUUCAGCGUGCCGUUGAGCUUGACAGAAACCAUCACGGAGGUUGUGAGAGCGCUGUCGUACACGAACAUUGAGCGAAACCUGGUCACCAAGACUGAACUGCAUCUUGACAAGGAACUGGUCGUCAUGGGUGAUCCCGUCAGACUGCAUCAGAUUCUGAUGAAUUUGAUGUCGAAUGCGUACAAGUUCACUGCGCGAGGUACCGUCACAGUGCAUGCAAAGGUCGAUCGCGAGGACGCAGAGUCCAUCACAGUCACAACUUCAGUACAGGACACUGGCAUUGGCAUCACAGAGGAGCAACAGAAGAAGCUCUUCUUGCCAUUCUCGCAAGCGGAUUCCAGCACCGCACGAAGCUACGGCGGCACAGGACUCGGCCUAUCCAUUUGCAAAGCCAUUCUCGAAAACGUCAUGAAAGGGCAAAUCUGGCUGGAAAGCACGCCCAAUGUCGGUACCAAGGUCUCCUUCCGGCUCUCGUUCAAGAAAGUGAAUGCUUCUGACUUGCACGAGCAAAGUGGCACUGCGCCUCACGGACGCGAAGCGGAUCCCAUGGCCAUCUUCACCCCACCAGCAGCAGAUGACGGACCGGGCGCACGGGCUGUGGUCAGUUUGCAAGGCAUUCCGCGCGAUCAACUCAAGGUCUGUAUCGCCGAAGACAACCCUAUCAACCAGAAAAUCGCCAUCAAUUUCGUGAAGAAGCUGGGCUUUAGCUGCGAAGCGUAUGGCGACGGACAACAAGCCGUCGACGCCUUGACUCGAGCUUCCGAAGAUAAUCGUCCCUUCCAUCUAGUGCUUAUGGACGUGCAGAUGCCCGUCCUGGAUGGCUACAACGCCACGCGAGAGAUCCGAAAACAUCCUGAUCCACGUGUCCGCGAUAUUCUUGUGAUUGCCAUGACGGCUUCUGCGAUUCGUGGAGAUCGAGAGAAAUGUCUUGAAGCCGGCAUGAACAAUUAUCUGGCGAAACCGGUCCGCGCGGAUACGUUGAAGCAAAUGUUGGAGAGUUACUUACAUCAGCCGAGGAAGGACAUGCCGAACCUGCAGGAUGAGGCAAACAGGCUUGUCGAGAAUGUUGAGAAUGAGGAGGCUAGGCAACAGCAUCAUCUCCAACAGCAGCAGCAGCAACAGCAGAAUGCCAGUCGGAACGGAAAGGAGAACGCGAAGAGUAAUAACGCUACUGCUGGUACUGGAGGAAUUGGUUCGAGAUUGCCGGAACUGACUAAGAGUGGUGAUCUCCGUCGUCAAGCUCCGCAGAGGCCACGCAGUGCGCAAAGAGCUACGGCUAUACAUCUUUCGCCCGAGGAGAUGAUACCCAAGCCGAAGGCUUCUUCGUCGUCGUCUUCUUCUGGUUCUUCUUCGUCUUCGACAUCCUCGACACGGGCCGGUCAAGAUCCGUCCAUGAAGGAGCAGUUGAAGCUGGUUGAUCGGCAGAUCAAAGAGUUGAGGGAUCGGCCGAGUAGAGCUGGUAGUGUCAGUCCUGCGCCCCCGUUGAAGGACAGAAGUGGCUCUGGUGGAGAGAACGCUAAGCGAGGGAGUACGGACGGGAGGAAGGAUGGUGUUGAGGGUGGAGGAGAGGAUGGAGGACAGUGAGAAGCGGAAAGGAGCAUCGAGACAGGUUUUCAACGAUUUUGUGCUUGAGGGACUGUUUUCUCUCGCCUUUUCUGGGACCACAAGACGACGAGCAACACACAGAGGAGCGCAGGAUGGGCCACAGAACUGGCAGAUGGUGCAUAUAAAUAUAUCGAAAGCAUGGAUCAGGUUGUGCAUAAUGUAAAGCGUG